GACCUCCCGGAAAACCCGCCCUUUCAGCACGGGGUUAGGUGUAUCUGGAUUUGUUUUGAGAUUUCUUGCUAAUACUUAGCAUCCGAUGUUUAAGUUUUUACCUCAACAUACAAUCUUCAAAAUGCUGAGAUUAGAGGACGAACACGGAAGGAGCUUAAGGUCCAGCUGCUGAAUGCGCUUACUGGUACCUUUGAUCACACAGGCAACUGUUAAUACAGGAUGCCAGAGAUGACUGAAACACAAAAAACACCUGGUCGCAAGCCCAAAAAGAAGAAAAACAAGGAAUCUCAUAAUGCAGUUGAACGACACAGAAAAGAGAAAAUUAACGCAGGGAUCAAUCGUAUUGGCAGUCUUCUGCCCUGUUCCCAGGCACUUAAACAGAGCAAGAACAAUAUAUUGGACCAAGCUUUUCGCUACAUCACUGAACUGAAGAAGCAAAAUGAUACGUUGCUUCUGGAAAGUGGGGAUAAAGUACAAGCGGAGGAAAUCCGUCGACUGAGGCGUCAGUUGGAGGAACUGAGAAAAGAGAGUGCUCACUACAUCGAGCUCCUCAAAGCUAAUGACAUUAGCCUUCUAGAGGACCCAACUAUCCACUGGAAGGGCAAGCAGAGCUGUGCCAAAGUGGCAAAAGUCACCCCCACUCACCAGCUCCCAAAGGGGAUCGUCGUUUAUUCCAACGGGAAUGUGAUGCGCCCUGCAGGAAAACAGAAGAGCCCUGUGAAGCGGCUCUCCGAAACUUUAGUUCUUCCAACACCAGAUGAAGCUGGAGUAAGAGUUAAUGGAGCCCUGCUGCAAGUUAAAGCAUCUUCCUCCACCCCUGCGCUUCUCCCAGUGUCAGCUGCCACACCCAGUCAGGCUGCACCUGCUCUGAGAGUGAUCGAGCAGCAGUGUGUGGUUGAGACGCCAGCCGCAGCCCCCGCUCUGCCACCGUCCGUGUCUUACAUCACCCUUCAGAUUCCUGCAGCUGCUACAUCCCUACCCCAACCAACGCAGCCUGCUGCCCCGGCUCAGCCCAUCGCUAUUGCUGCUACUUCAGCCUCACAGCAUCCCGCCGAAAGCAUCGCCCCACUUGUGUUGUCGCACGCCACGUUUACCCAAACUGUAACUAGACCAGCUGCUUCAGGGGUCUGCUCUUCAGUCACAGCAGACACUACUAUCGGGACUGUGAGUUACACGGCCGUCCCCAGCACUCAAACCCUCCUUAGGGCAGGAGCUGCAGGCAGCACACAGACUACCUGGACAACACUGCAGAUGACAGGGAACACAGUGCAACCAGUUUGCCAGAGUCUGCCCCCUCCAGAGGUCAGCAGCACCACCCAGGCUGUGCAACAUGUGACUGUAUGUCCAAAACCCCCCGUUUGUCCCAUCCAGAUUCAUAUGCAGCCAUACAUGCCUGUACAGCAAACUCCCAUUGCAGGUCACCUUCAGACACACACCCUUCUAAAACCACCUGCAGUCCCAAACCAGCCUCAGUGUGCAGUUCUCUCCCAGCCAGCCCUAGUACCACACCCAGCUGUUGUGUCGCAGCCCCAGCCCACUGUACUUCAGCCUGCAUCGCUGGUUCCUCACCCCCCUGCAGCCCUCAUCUCGCAGCCUCAGCCAGCUCUUGUGCCCCAGCCGCAGGCCGCUGUGCUGCCUCUCCUUCAGACCAUGCAGGUGUUACAGGUCAAUCCAGCAGCAGCAGCCGCUUCAGGUGUGACAGCUUCUCAGAACACCAACAAUCCUAGCCUUGUGAUCCUGCAGCAGGCCAGUGCCUGUCCAUCCCAGCCUGUGGUGAGAGAGGAGAUGACUAAUCAGACACCUUGUCAGCAUAUAGUAAUCAUCCAAGCACCAAGUCAGGCUGCAUCUGCGCCUCAGACUCCACAGGUGGGGAUGGUUCCUGCUGCAGCUCCCGCUGCUUCCACUCAGACACCCACGACUAGCAGCCCGGUGCCUGCCCCUCCGGUACAAAGCGUCGGGGGGAAGCAGCUUGUACACAUCCUCCCUCGGCCUACUCAGCCAUCAGUAAACCACCCUCGAUCUGUCAGCCAGGCUUCAUCAUCUCCACCAGUUCCUACAACCCCACAGACUAUCACUGUAAAUGGUCAAGUGUUUGCCCUGCAGCCCAUGAAGACUUCUGACAAAUCCAGCUCCCAGGGCGGCCAGAGCACCCUCCAACUGGUCCAGCCCACCACCACAGAGGAGCCAACUACUAACGUGGCCCUCAAUAGUUUAGGGGCCCUUAGUAGUCUUAAUCAGAGUAUCUCUCAAGGCCUCCCUCUUUCUAGUCAGAGCAGUUGUCAGCCUCCUGCUCCUGAAUCCAUCUCUGGAGCCACGCUGGCACUUCCUGCACAGCAGCUACAGCUUCCUGGUGCGAACCCGGUCACCUCGGGGCAAGCGGCUAAGGCCUCUAAGCCCUCAGGGAAGAAGCUUCGCUCCGUUUUAAACACAAAGAAAGCAGCAGCUAAAAGGACUAAACCUGCCAAGAAGAAGGUGCUCUCUCCUGCACAGGUUGCUGUUGUUUCUGCUGCAGGAGAACAAACCGCUGAAGUUCUGCCGCCCUCAACAGUCAAAGUCACAGACCUUCUCCCAGCGUGCUCCACAAAUGUCACAAAGAGGAGUGAAGCUGUCUGUGUGGAGUCAGCACAGAACAUCGUGGGCAGCUCAUCCAGUGACGCGGCUGUUUUUAGUCCUCCAGAGGAGAAAAGCUCUGUUGGUUCGUCUCAAAGUGGCUUGAGUCAAGCUGUCACCAGUGACGUCACAAAUGCAGCUAACGUUAGCGAAACAUCGGCCAAGUCGUCGGAGAGUAAACCAGCUUCGGUUUCUGACGGCUCGACUGUAAACAAACAUCCGAUUUGUGCAGAAGCACCGAGUAAGUUACCCAUCCCUGCGGCUGAUUCUAAAACCACAGCUUUGGAUGUUUCUGCAGCAGCCGCUGAGGUUCAGAACACCUCCGCUGGGAGUUCCACUUUGUGUUCAAAUCAAGUCUGCACCAGCAGCCUCACGACUACUGCUCCAGUAACUUUAAACCAGAACGCUCUGAUGGUUCCCUCACGUCUCUCCCUGGAAUCUAAAAUGCAAAACCCAUCAGUCUGUAAUAAACCAGACUCUCAGUCCACCGCUCCGUUUUCCGUGUCCACAACUUCAGCGCCUGAUGUUGAAUAUUCCGCUCCCCAAAGCUCAGUCGCGGCUGGUUUAGAGUUCAGGAAGAAGAACACAACUCCAAGAGCUCCGUUGCAGCAGACUGAGGUUACCGGACCUCAGAUGUCCUCGUGCCAUCCUGCAGAAGUCAAACCAGCACAGGCGACGAUGGAGGAGAGGCAUUCCACAUCAGCGGAUAAAGCCAGCUUAGUAGUAGCAGCAGCUUCUGAAGCUCCCUCACAAAAGGACUUUGCACUGUCUCAGCAAGUGUACACUAACCUAGAUGAUCAGUCUUUGGAGAACCCCAAUGGGCAGACGGAUUCUCCCACUUCUGGAGGAGCCGGGGGUGGAAGAGGAUUCUCCGUGGCCUCGAUGCUUCCGCAGGGUCAGAGUAUCGGUGGAUCUUCUGGCUCCUUUGGAACGUUCACGUUCACAUCUGAGCAGGCAGAGAUGCUUGCAUUUGCCAUGCUGGAGCAGGACAGCCCUGGGAGACGGAGUGGGGGUUGUUCUGUGGACAACGCGCCUUCUGUCGUUGCCACCACCGCCUCAUGGGACUCCUCUAAACCUCCAGCGGUGUCCACAGGUAAAGACAGGGGCUCAGCUGGCCAGCAGGCUAAAAUGACCAAACCCAUGGAUCCAGGGACGCUUACGCAUGCUGAGAUGUCUGUCAGAGGACAGGCUGGGGACGUGUCCAUCAGCGGGCCAAACGGAAGCAGAAAUCCACAGAAUAUUGUCUACUCACAGCCUCAGGCGCUCCAGUCUCAGAGUUCAGUGCAGAGUGGUACGGCAGCCACCUUGAGUGUGAACAACCUGAUCAGACCCAGCUCCAAUCACCCGCCAUACCCCAGUUCUCCUAAUCUCACCGUCCAACAAGGUUCUGUGCCCUCCCCCGUAGGAGCCUCGGCUCAUAUGUCCCAAGCUCCAAACAAGGCCCUGUCCCCCUGCUCGGGUGCCGCCCACGUAAUCGAGUACAACACCAUGAAGACCUCAUCGAUGAGGGCUCAGCCUGGAAACGUGAGUGAGCGACAAGUGAAGAUCAUCGCCAAAAGACCGGCUCAGGACGAGGUCCUGCUAAACACAGGGAAGAGACCCAAACCGUGUCCUCCACCUGCUAAUGCUGUUAGCCACAUGGAUGUGAAAGCACCAGACCACAGUCAGAUGAUGGUGCCACAGCUGCCCUCCACCACCUCAGCUGUCUUGACGAGGAUCAGUUCAGAUGGUGGAACCUCGCUCUUCUCAACAAACUCUUUCAUGAGUUCGGCUGUGCGUCCCGCUGAGGGCCACUGUCCCCCUCAAGGAGCUGCAGAGCAGAAUCCAGCAGGGGUGCUUCAGAUGCCUCAACCUCGUCCGCAACAUUCAGUAAACCAACCAGGUCCACAUCUGGGGGGGAACCCUUAUAUGAAGCAGCAGCAAGAACAGCAGCGACAGCAUCUCUACCAUUUACAGCAUCACUUGACUCAGCCUGACCCUGCGCAGCGCCACUCGCUACACCAGAGGGCGCUGCAGCAGCAACAGCAAGAGCAGCAUGUCCAAAAGAAGCGAGGGAUGGUCAGAGGCGGGAUGGUCAGAGGCAGUCAGACCAGCUCACCUGCUGGCCUGCAGCAGAAGCAGCAUCACCUGGAAAAGUCUGGACUUCAGCAGCAUCAACAUCAGCAUCAGCAGCACCCACAACAGUCACACCAACAGUCACAACCGCAUCAGCAGCCAGCGCAACACCAACAAUCUCAUCCACAGCAGCACCAACAACAGGCACAUCCACAGCCUCCUCAGGCCCAGCAUCAGCAGCAGCAGCUCCAGCAGCAGCAGCAGCAGCAGCAGAGCUCCCACUCCAGACACCCUCAGCAUCUGCAGCAGCUCCAGCAGCAGCAGCACUUUAGGCACCAGGAGAAGACUUGUGAAGGCCAAUCAGUGGGAUCCAGGGCCCACCACAGCAGCCACAUGGCCCAGCAGGACCACCUCAAGGCUGGUCAGGACCACACCGCUAUGCAGAGGAUGAUGAGCUCCCGGAGCCUGGAGCAGCAGCUCAUCUCUCCUCCCAGCAAUCCAGUAUCCCGGUCAUCCGAGUUGGCCUGUGCUCCGACUCGCCAGGAACGUCACCGUGUUUCCAACUACUCGGCUGAGGCGCUCAUCAGUAAAAGCUCCACUAGUGGAGAGCAGCAGCAGCGGAUUGCUGUCCACCUUCAGCCCGGUCGCGGUGCUGCUCAGGAGCAAGCUGACCUCAGAGGUUAUCUGGACACAGCGCGAGGGAAGGCCAGCAUUCCACACAACCCACAGAACCGCCUCCCAUCUGAACAUCCGGCACCCAGCGAUGUCCAGAGGGGCUCGGAGUGUCAGCCCUUCAAGGUGAUGGGUGGUGGAGGAGGGGGAGCGCAUCAGCUUGGUGGAUUUGAGACUCAAGUCUCACGUGGGAGUGAUCUGGCCUCUAAGCCGGUGCCUCCCUCUCAGAGGGGCCUUCAGGGGCAGCAGGGAGGAUUCAGAAUGAGCGUGGGCCCGAUUGCAGACGGGAGGAACCGCGGUGGCUACAGCGGCCCUCACCCCGGCCCUCAGGGAGGACAGGUGGGGUCUCGGGAGCAGGAAGGCUGUCACCAGAGCUUUAUGCAGAGCCUCCUCUCCCCUCAACUUCCUGAGCAAAACAACCACCAGAGAGCAAUUCAGUGCUGCCCUCCAGUCAGCAUGGAGUACAGCUGUGUGUCUGCAAGCUCCUCAGGAGCCAUCCAGGCCAAGGCGUCCAGCCCAAGCGUCCCCCAGUCCCAGAAAGCUCCGGCUAUGCGGCUCUCAGAGGGCAACAAGGGUCACGUUUCUCAGGUCAGCGGUAAUAUGCACACGGGCGUCCGAGCUGGUCUCCCCCACCCUCCCACGCCACACAGCAGCUCCGAGCCAGGCCGCUCCAGACCUCCCGUUAGUCAGCACUCCCGUCAUCUCCCCAGAGACACGCAGUCCACCAAACAGAGACCCAGUGAGCGGCCGCGGUCUGGAACUCUGAGACCGACCAAUCCCUUUGAGCCUGAGGGUCAUCUGCCUCUGCCCUCUGGGGGAGGGGUGCUGCUGGGGCGGCCACAGUCUGGAGGAGAGCCUAGACGCAGCGCCAUCGUACGCUUUAUGGCAGACAGCUCACAGGUUCCUGGUGACAACAACUUGGUCUCUGACCAGCACCUGACACAGAACUUUGGGUUCCCCUUUAUUUCAGAAGGAGGGAUGAAUCCUCCACCUCCUAUCAACGCCAACUCCACCUUCAUCCCUCCAGCCAGUCAGCCCAGCUCCUCCAGAACCCCAUCACUCCUCCCUGUGGAGCCCCAGAAUACUCUACCCUCCUUCUACCCCUCCUAUUCUCCCGCCGCUCACCCCAGCCUCCCCAGCGACGUCACGCUCCAAUAUUUCCCCAACCAGAUGUUCACAAGUCCCAACGUGGACAAGAGCAGCGCUCCGCCCCUCAACAACCGCUUCAGCUCCAUCCUGUCCCCACCCCGCCCCGUGGGCUUCGGUCAGGCCGGUUUCUCCUUGCUUCCAGAAAUGCCCCCCAUGCCUUCGUCUGGAAUCACCCCCCAUAUCUCCAACUUCAGCCUCACCUCGCUGUUCCCUGAUAUCGCCACCGGCAUGCCCACCGAUGGCUCCGCCAUGCCUAUGUCUCCCCUUUUGUCUCUGUCCAACACAUCGUCCUCCGACUCCGGCAAGCAGCCCAAUCGACCCGCACACAACAUCAGCCACAUCCUGGGCCACGACGGCAGCUCGGCUGUAUGACGACGGCGCACCGCUCAAGAGGAUGGGGUGAAAAAAAUCUGCUCCAAACGCAUUUUCUUUAACGUUAAAGACGGCGGCAACGAUUCACCUGAUUGUUUACAUGCUCACACCUUCUCCUGUUAAAUUCUACCUUUUGACAUUUGUGAUGUCACAAAAUGAUUCAUCUUAGGGAAAUGAAACCCUUAAUUCUUUAUGUUGGAUUAAACUGACUGGUUGGUAAAAAAUGUUAAAGUUCAGAACUUGAAUUCUUUGUAUUCUGGGUCAUAAAAUACCUUCUGCACAGUUACUAAUGUAAUUUACUAACUUAUAUCAGGUUGCACUGUACAGAAUCCUUUUUGUUCAAGAGCUAUUUUGUAAAUAUUAAUGUUUCAUAUCAAAGUUGCUAGAUGAUGUAUAUAUUUGUAAAUACAGAAUGGAUUAAUAAAGUUUAUAAGGAGACAUUUGUA